AAAAUCAUUUUGUUGACUGAUACGGACUUUCAUGUUAGAAAUAAUAUUCACAACAAAACUGCACAAAAGGCUGUGUUGAAGUAUUGAAGCAUGGCUGACAAGGGUAAGCGAAGUAGUGAGCAAGCCGAGAAAAGAGACAGAAAACCACUGUGCACGUAUGGUAAAAAGUGCUACAGGAAAAAUCCAAGACAUCUUAAAGAGUUCAGUCAUCCGUGGAAUGAUGCAUCAGAGGGUGUAGAAUCUCCUGCCAAAAGAAGGAGGAAAGAAAGUGUAUCACCAGAGAAAACAGACCAGAACACUACAGCAGCUGGUUCCCCAGAUGACAGUGAAAAAGAAAGCCAAGUCCAGCUGGAGUUUGAAUGUCCUGGUGACGUGAAGGAGUUUAUAAAGGAAAAAUUCCUGAUGGAAAUGCCAGAUGACUUUUAUGAAUUUUGGGAAUUUUGUAAAACACUCAACCCUGAGUGUCCAUCUGAUGCAUUGGUGGAGUGUCUGGGUUUGCAGCUGGUAGGACCAUAUGAUGUGCUAGCCGGUCAAUGUGUCAAGGUGAACAGCUCAGGUGCUCCUCCAUGUUAUCUCAGACACUGGAGAUACUUCUAUGAUCCUCCAGAGUUCCUCACAGUUAUCAAAGGAGAUGAUACUCUACAGUUUCACAUAGGAUAUUAUAGAGAUGACCCAAAGGAGCUUCCAUGUUUUGUGGCUACCAAUGCAGCAGCAGAGAAUGGCAUUAUUAAACCCAUGGGAGAGAAUGUGUUUGCCUGUGUGAAAUUGCUCAUUGAUGAAAAAAUCAAGAAGGACAAAUCUUCCAAGGCCAAGUUGACAGAUCUGCAGUCCAAGCUAAUUUCGUGGUCAGAGAAGAAGAGUUAUUCUCUAGAAGCACAGACCAAAGCGAUGAAGGCCCGGGCUAAGAAGGUGGUCUGUAAGACAUUUCAUGGGGCUGGAAUUGUGGUCCCUGUGGAUGCCAAUGAAGUCGGCUACAGGGAGAUGCCAGAGAGUCCAGCUGACUUAAAGAAGAUGUUCAAGAAAAUUGAAAACAGUAAAACAGAAGAAGAAAGAAAUGUGAACAUAGACCCUCUGCAGGAAUUGAUAACACUAGUGCAGUUUGCCAAUGAUGAGUGUGACUAUGGGGAGGGCUUAGAACUGGGACUAGAUCUGUUCACCUAUGGGGGUGGAGACACAUUUAAAGGCUUCAUAUUGGCCCUACUACCCAUGGCGUACCAGUUUCUACAAAGACCAGAGUUUGCACAGAUAAUACAGGCUCACUUAGAGGACAGAAAACACUCUGCAAAACUCAGUCAGAUGCAGUAGAACUUGUCUAACAACUACAGAUCUGCACAAAUAGUUUCAUUUUUGCAUUUUCAUAAAUCCAGGAAUUCCAGUUAAUGCAGAUUCCCUGCAGUCUUGAUGAUUAAUUCCCUUCUUCUCCAGGUGCUGUUCAAGAGUUGUUCAGUAAUUCAGUAAACAAAGUCAUUAUGCAUCGUGAGGUACGUCAUGCAUCAUGCUGGUAUUCCUGACCAUCUGUCUUCUGCCAUAGAACAUAUUUUAUAAAUAAAACACAUAUCAUUUGAACAGCAAGCAGCAAGUACUGGAUGAUAAAGCAGUGCUGCAGUAAGCAGUGGGCAAAUAUAGUUUUACUAAACAUCUUGGGUGAAUACUCCUGAAAUGAUAUCACUCUGUUUUUGCAAAACGUAAAAAUAAAAAUGUAGUGAAAGAUAAUGUUGCAUGCUGCUUGUCAAUGUGCAUUAGGCUUGAUAAACGUCAAGAGCGGAAAAUGGAUUUCUCUGGGUUAAACUGGAAAAUAGGAUUUAUGUACCGCUCGUAGUGAAAAAGGCCUUUGGGAACCUUACCAACGAAACUUUACCGGGGAGUACACCAGUCAAUCGUAACAGUUUCUAGCAUUUUUAUAAACUCUGUGACCUAAAAUUAUAUAACACAAUAGAUAGACCUCUGUUUAAAUAUGAAGACAUUUUUAUACAACCAGUAGAACAUAUUUGUAUCAUAAAAACAGCAAGAAAUUUUCAAUGUAGCAUUGAAAUCUUUUCAAAACACUAAAACAUUCAUUAGAAUACU